AUGUCUCCUCUCUGUUCUUCAGUUGAUGAUCCCCACCCCCCACAAGAGCGACAUAAUAUUUCUUUCAUUUUUCUCUUUACAUUUCUUUCUUUGUUUUUCAUGUUAUUCUUUCUUUCUUUCUUUCUUUCUUUCUUUCUUUCUUACAUUUCUUUCUUUGUUUUUCAUGUUAUUCUUUCUUUCUUUCUUUCUUUCUUUUUUUCUGUCCAUUUUCGUUCUUUCUUUUAUUUUUCUUUCUUUACAUUUUCUUUCUCUCAUUUUUCUUUCAUUGCAUUUCUUUCUUUUUCUUUCUUUGUUUCUGUCCAUUUUUGUUCUUUUUUCGUUCUUUUUCUUUCUUUUUGCUCACUUCUUUCAUUCUUUUUUUUCUUUCUUUCUAUUUUCAUUCUUUCUUUCCCACUUCUUUCUUUCCAUUUUCGUUUUCCUUUCAUUUUUCUUACUUUCUUUCCAUUUUCAUUUGUUCUUACUUCAUUGUUUCUUCUGAUCGAUGGGUCAUUAAGUUUUAAACAAACAAACAAACAAUUCAUCCUUUCUUUCUUUCUUUCUUUCUUUCUUUCUUUCUUUCUUUCUUUCUUUCUUACAUUUUGUUGUUAUUACACAUAUUAUUGCUCUGAUAUCUAUCUAUCUAUCUAUGUUUGCCUAUAUAUCUAUAUCUAUCUAACUUGGUUUGUCCAUAUCUAUCUAUCUAUCUAUCUAUCUAUCUAUCUAUCUAUCUAUCUAUCUCUGUUUGUCCAUAUCUAUCUAUCUAUCUAUCUAUCUAUCUCCGUUUGUCCAUCUCUCUCUCUCUCUCUCUCUCUCUCUCUCUCUCUCUCUCUAUCUCUAUCUAUCUAUCUAUCUAUCUCGAUUUGUCCAUAUCUAUCUAUCUAUCUAUCUAUCUAUCUAUCUAUCUAUCUAUCUAUCUAUCUAUGCUUGUGA